AUGACUGACAUCCUGAACGAGCCGGAUGACUCGAUGUCCCUUGUGCGCUACCUUCUGUACUCGAAUGAAUUCGACACUCGGGGAAUCUGCGCAACUACGUCGUGGUGGCUGAAGAAUGCCACUCACCCGGAUGAGAUCCGCAAGAUCAUUAACGCGUACGGAGAAGUCGUCGACAACUUGAAUCAACACGUCAAUCCAAAUGCGCCGUAUCCGAAACCCGAGGACUUGAUAUCGCUUAUUACUUCGGGACCUGCCAUUUAUGGACACAAGGCACUAGAUCAACCCGUGAGUGAGGGUGCCAAACAUAUCAUUAGCGCCUUGCAGGAAUCAGAAGAGCCUCUGUAUGUCGGGGGCUGGGGUGGAACCAACACACUCGCCCAAACGCUGCUUCACAUGGAUAAAACGCUAUCUCCUUCCGAAGCUGCGACGUUAAGAUCACGAAUCAGAUUGUACACGAUAUCUGACCAAGAUGAUACGGGCUCCUGGAUUCGCGCUCGAUAUCCGGACGUAUUCUAUAUCGUGUCCAUCCAUUCGUUUAACGAUUAUCAAGUAGCAACAUGGCCAGGAAUUAACUUAGUCACCUCCCCCGGCGUGAACUCGACCGUCGUCCUAAACCCAUGGCUAGACGCUCAUAUUCGACUUGGGCCUCUAGGAGCCAUGUACCCGCAGGUCAUCUAUGGGAUGGAAGGCGACACUCCCAGUUAUCUAUGGUUAGUCCAGAACGGACUUGGGUACAGAGAUCGCAUUGACUGGGGUACUUGGGGAGGACGUUACAGUCGUCCAGAGCCGCUAGUCGAUUGGGAAGAUGGAGUAUACACGAACCAUUUCGUUGAUGCUCGGGACACUGGCGUGAUCGGAAUCGACGGGAAUAGCUACAGCACGAACCAGGCAACUAUCUGGCGUUGGCGUAGCGCUUACCAAGACGACUUCGCGGCUCGGAUACGAUGGACUCUCACGUCGAAUUUCUCGGAAGUGGGACAUCCGCCCGUGCUCAAUAUCAACGGCCAGGAGGGCCCAGACCCAGUCUUUAUCAAGACGAAGGGUAAUGAGACAUACACGUUUGACGCAGGACUCACAUACGACCCGGAUUAUCCUUCAGAUAAUAGCCAUCUGGAGUUCCAAUGGUUUUUAUACCCGGAAGCGACAUUUUUCUCAACUUCUGCCCUCACGUCAAACGUUACGAUCGAGGCUCUCUCACCUCCAAAGGGAUCAGACAGUAUACUGGUUGCCAACGAUGCUGGCUUCUCUAACGUAACACUCGGUUCCAAGGUUCUGAUUACCGUGCCGGAGUCAACAUACAACGCAAACACAGGACUUAGCAACAACUUCCAUGUGCUGUUGGAGGUUAUCAAUAAGGCGGGGCUCUAUCCGAUUAGGAGAUACCAGAGACUUGUUUUCGAGUACGAGAGCUGA